AUGCGCCCGGCUGCCUGGAAUGAGUCGGGGGGCUGUGGGCCCCGCCCUCCCUGCGGCUCUUGCCUGUGGGCGGCGCUCCUGGUGGCCUGUCUGGCCACGGCGCUGGGCAGUGGCGCUCUGGUGGGGCUGAUCGCCUUGGGCCGGCGGCUGCACCGGCCCAUGUACCGCCUGCUCGCCCACCUGGCGCUGCUGGACACGGCGUACGUGAGCACCACGCUCCCGCAGGCUCUGGCGCACAUGACGGCCCGCCGAGCCACCCUCUCCCCGGCGCGCUGCGGGGCGCAGCGCUACGUGGGCAUCUCCCUGGGCAGCUGCGAGGCCCUGCUGCCGGCCGCCAUGGCGCCGGACCGCUGCCUGGCCCUGCCCGCUGUGCCGAGGACCGCGUGUGCGGACACCUCCGCCAACCAGCUGCUGGUCUACAGCCUGGGCACGCCCAUCCUCUUGGUGCCUUUGACCUUCAUCCUCGCCUCCUACGCCUUGAUUCUGGCGGCCGUGGGCAAGCUGCCGUCCGCCGAGAGCCGCCUCAAGGCGCUGUCCACCUGCGGCUCCCACCUGGCCGUGGUGGGGCUCUUCUACGGCACGGUGACCGCCAUGUACCUGCGCCCGCGGGGCUCCAGCGCCCUCCCCGCCAGGCGCCACAAGCUGGUGGCUGCCUUCUAUCUGGUCGUCACGCCUGUCCUGAACCCACUCAUCUACAGCCUUCGAAACCGCGAGGUCCGCGCGGCAGCCCGCUACGCCCUCGCCCGGCUGCGGGGGUUGCGCUCGGAGCUGCGCUGA